GCUGACCUCGACGCCACAUUUUCCCCGCCUGGACUCUCCCUCCAUCAAACCCCUGCACGGCUUUACCGAGUCAAUGUAAACAGAAAAACGUGGUGUUUUCACGCACACUGCUUGCAUUUCUUUCGGGAUAAACACCUCCGGUGCACUUUGGAGCUUUAAUUCCACGUCGGUCGCCUGCAGGCUCCGAGGUCCGGCUGAGGUGGAAGCUGCAUCUCUAACCCCAGUCCCUGCUCCUUGCUUAUGAUGGCAAGUGAAGAGAAGAAACCAGAGACUGAAGCGACUAAAACGCCGACGGCCUCCUCUGGUUCGGCCAGUCAGAGUAAAUCUGCACCUGCAAAGCCGAACUACACUCUGAAGUUCACUCUUGCGGGACACACAAAGGCCGUCUCCUCGGUCAAGUUCAGUCCAAGUGGGGAAUGGCUCGCCAGCUCGUCGGCUGAUAAGCUUAUUAAAAUAUGGGGUGCGUACGAUGGGAAGUUUGAGAAGACAAUAUCUGGACAUAAACUUGGAAUCUCAGACGUGGCCUGGUCCUCUGAUUCCAACCUGCUGGUCUCGGCGUCUGAUGACAAAACUCUGAAGAUCUGGGACGUGAGCUCUGGAAAAUGUCUGAAAACCUUGAAGGGCCACAGCAACUACGUGUUCUGCUGCAAUUUCAACCCUCAGUCUAACCUCAUCGUGUCUGGAUCAUUUGACGAGAGUGUUCGGAUAUGGGACGUCAAGACGGGGAAGUGUCUGAAAACGCUGCCGGCUCACUCGGACCCGGUCUCUGCAGUACAUUUUAACAGAGACGGCUCUCUGAUCGUAUCCAGCAGCUACGAUGGCCUGUGCCGUAUUUGGGACACAGCAUCAGGCCAGUGCCUUAAAACGCUUAUUGAUGACGACAACCCCCCUGUGUCCUUUGUGAAGUUUUCCCCCAACGGCAAGUACAUCCUGGCCGCCACGCUGGAUAACACCCUGAAGCUUUGGGACUACAGCAAAGGAAAGUGCUUGAAAACAUACACCGGUCACAAAAACGAGAAAUAUUGCAUAUUUGCGAAUUUCUCUGUCACAGGAGGCAAGUGGAUCGUCUCUGGCUCAGAAGACAACAUGGUUUACAUCUGGAACUUGCAGACUAAGGAGAUCGUACAGAAGCUGCAGGGUCACACAGAUGUCGUGAUCUCGACCGCCUGCCACCCGACAGAGAACAUCAUUGCGUCAGCAGCACUAGAGAACGACAAGACCAUCAAGCUGUGGAAGAGCGACUGCUAGGCUAGAACACAUGCAGGAUUUAUUUUAUUAUUGUUGCUUUUUUCUUUUUUUUAAUUUUGUAUUUUUCAUUUUUGGAGGGAAGGAGGACAUUUAUUACGAGGAACACGAGGCCAAGGCCGUUCAUACCCAUGAUCGCUUGGUCUUGGCAAGAAGCACUGCAAACGCACGUGUCCAGAGCAGCCAAUGCAGAGAGACUCAUGUUAUGAAAACACCACUUCUUUUAAACAGUCUCUACACUAAAUCUCUCUCUCUCUUUCUCUCUCUCUUUCUUUGUGUAUCUCUCUCUUUCUCUCUCUGUUUAUCUCUGCCUUACCUAUCCAUGAGCUGUUUCCUCUGAUCAAUUAAACCCUCAGCUCUGAUUCGUGUAUAUUUUGGUCUUGUCGAUCUAGCUGGCUUUGAUUUCCUCUUCUAGCUAACAAGCUUUCUGACUUGUUCUGUUUUGUAGAAUGUGUUGAUUUUUUACAUUAACGCGAGCCAGAAGUGAACCACGGGUGUGCAGAAAAGUGCAGCAAAGAAAAAAAAAAAACACCAGUUCAUCUCGCACAUGAAAUGGUCUGGUCUGAUUAUUGUCUGUCUGCCAGUGUUUCUCGUGUGACUGACUGAUUGCCAUUUUUAAAGUGGAAUUUAUUAAACUGAUUACACAACUAAAGCCCAUGGAGAUGGUGAGAUGGUCUAAAGAAGAAUAAUGUUUUGCUAUCACUUUUCUUUUUAUUUUUAAAGAAUAUCCCACCAAGGAUGAUAAUCUUGCGCUAUAAACUUUGUAAAUAGCGUGAUCAUCGGUGACGUCAAAAUUUUAUUUUAUGAUGAAAUUCUGAGGUAGCUUUUUCUUUUUUGUUUAUCGUUCGUGCUUCCCUACGUUACCCACAAUGCUUUGACCACAAGCCUAAAGAUUAAUCUACCUAAUGAGAGCGAUGCAGCAGCCCCUUUCUCACUUCUCACAUUUAAGGUUGGACUUCUCCUGUAAUUUUCAGACAUUUCAUUUUUCCAGGGCAGUGUUCUCUCAAAUCUCCUGAUGCUUCAUGCUCAUGUACAGACAGGCAGUGUGACUUGUGAUCCGGUAUAUGCUUCAACUAUCCAGUGUUACUCACUUUCGCUUCUUCAAAUGUCAAACAUUUUUGAUGUCCUUGAAAAAUGUUUGUAUUUUUCUUGUUGACAUCACACAUGCCAAAAGAAGAACCUUUAAGAUUUGUGUUACAGUUUAUACGAGUAUAUAAUAUCUUCCUAAAUUUUGUCGCACUGCUGUUUCUGCAAAUAGCUAACAAGAGAAUCAUUAGUGAGACAGGACAGCCUUGAUCAUGAUUAAGAUCGUAUGUGAAAAAAUUGUUACUGCAAGGCAUUAGGUAAUUUUAUAAAUACAGUUCAGAUUGUUAUAACCCAUAUGAGGCCUGCGUUCAUUCGUCUGCAACAUGCACACUUUGGUUAUUUUUAUUUUGCUCAGACGCAAGGUCCGUAAAAAGUUUGCUUUAUAAUGUGUUUGCAGCUACUAGUAAAAAAAAAAAAAAAUAGACCAAAUAUAUCAAGGUAGGCUUUAACACUGCCUGGGUUUUGUAUAACCUUCAUACAGCUUCUCAGUUUAACCAGCUCUCUUUUUUGUUUGUGGUCCAACAGUGUGUGCUGUGCUAAUAAUGGUGGAUGAGUGUUGUACUUUGCUGCAAAGUAAGGGUUGGUGUUUAAAAAAAAACUGUUCUCUUUUUUCUCUGUAAACUUUUAGUGUGAUCACAAGGGCUGCAUGAGAAACUGGACUUGACCUGUGUCUCAAUAAAGUUGUUCUUUUUUUAUUUUAUUUUUUAUAUCUGUACCACUGUAGGCUCAGCGUAGACAUGACAUCGGGUUGUGCGGUCUACCGUUAGCUCAUCAUCCUGCCCAUCUAAGCUGAUUAUCUAAAACGGAUACUGAACUGCAAUUCACACCAAAUAAUGCUCACUCUGAUGUGUGUUAUAAAUUUAAUCUGGUAUAAAUGAGUUUCUAAUAAAAUAAGGCUCUGUUGUU